CUCAACUUUUCUCUGGCGGCCAAAAGUUCGUACUGACAGCCCGUCGGACGACCCUCUUCCCCCGUUUCCUAAACCCAGAGCCACGACGCAGUCCUUGAUUGGAUAUACGGUCAAUCGGUAUUCCUUCGGCUUAGGGUGCCUGUUAAGUUCACACAAAUCGCACAGAUGAAGAGACUGCACCUCCAACGAUGGAGCAGUUCGGUCCUUUCGCCGCAGGCCCGGGCUGGAAGUCGACUGCAGCGACGUAUACAACACGGUAUCCGGUACCAGACGACAACUCCUUUCCCUGUCACGCCUGCUGAGGUCGAACAAUCGAUUGAGGAACAAACCCCUCUUACGUCAAUUCGCUCCCCUCGCUCAAAAGUCACCAAGCACUCCCUCCCUUCUCCGCCUGUCAAGGCCGCACGCGAGUCCGCGAAACUCGCUGCGCUCCAUGCACGACUUUACCUUCCUUCACGACUUCCUCUCGAGACCCUUGCUCGCUGUCUUGUGGACGAAUCGGCUGAUCCCAACCACAACUUCAACAACGAGUCUCUGGCUACCCUUGGUCAUGACCUCCUGACCCAGUACACCUCCGAAUACCUCAUCUGCACAUACCCCCGUCUUCCUAUGACGGUCAUCUUCGCCGCCAUGUUUGCCUAUGUCGGCCCCAAGACAUUGGCUGCCAUGUCGAGGGAAUGGGGUGUGGAGCUCGCUGCUGCACCUGGUGGAGAGGUCGACCCGGGACACCUGCAGUUCACGAGAGCCGCCCCAGGCGUCGACCCGAACACAACCCCCACCGCUACGAACAGAACUUACGAGGAGCAGUCGACAUGGCGGAGGUCGAUCACGUCGAAGAUCGUUUAUGAUGAUGUUUUCGGCGACCCCACCAAGGCCAGCGUUGACCCGCGGGAACAGCCCCAGGCAACCGACCGGUACGCUGCAGGCGUCACCCCCGAAGCGGCAGCCUCCCAGUUCGUUCGCGCUGUUGUCGGCGCCAUCUACCUUCAUGCUGGCCGUCCAGCUGCCAAGCGCUUCUUCGAGCAGCACUUUCUUUCCCGCCACCUCAACAUCUCUGAUCUGUUCAACUUCCGCGAGCCGGCUCGUGAUCUUUCCCGCCUCUGUGCCCGCGAAAACUUCGAGCCCCCAGUCGCCAAAAUCCUUAGUGAGACCGGUCGCCUGAGUCGGCACCCCGUUUUCGUCGUUGGCAUCUACUCCGGCCAGGAUAAGCUGGGUGAGGGUGCGGGUUCUAGUUUGCUGGAAGCCCGUUCCCGGGCGGCCGUUGCCGCCCUCAAGGCCUGGUACCUGUACAGCCCGCUGGAAGUGCGUCUGCCCAACUCGAUGGAAGAAGAGGGAGCCGCCCCCUGGAAGCCCGUUUACGUGGAUCUGGGGGAGGUGAUCGUGUAAAGAGGGGGGGUUCAUGAGAGCAGUGUUUGGAAACGGCGUCACAUUUUGAUAUAGACCUUGUCAAGGUGGCAAUUGACGGCAAGUGCAACAUUUACAUAUUAUUCCUACCAAUUUCGCAAUUUUCGCAAGGUUCUGUACAAUACGGGAAUUUCUAUUUCAUCUGAUGUUUUUCUAUCAUGUCGAGUUGUUUUAUUUUUUUUUUCUCUAGUUAUAAAGCUCGUCCCUUUUUCUUUAUACCAAUAGAGAUUCGCAAUG